AUGAGGUCAAUUUGUGACACAUGUGGAAGCCAAGGAUGGAAAGAACUACUUGCAACUUGCUCCAAAUGCCGUAUAGCCUGUGAACACCGUUACUGCAUGGUGGCAUCGUCAUUUGAAACCUCAGUAGAUUUUGUAUGUGCUGAUUGUUCAGUGAAACCUGUUCAAAACUCGAUCAAAACAGCCCCUGGAACUCAGAGGAGUAAAGCGAGGGUUGAAUCUUCAAAUCCAGUUCCCAGAUGGAAAAAGAUUCCUAUAACAUCAAAAAUGAAGUUGAUUUCGCCAGACGAAGUCAGAAAACUUUCAUGUGGAGGCAGUAAACCAACUUUUAAAAUACCAAGAGCUGUUCCACCUCGUUCUCCUAUGGGUUUAACAAAACAAUCUUGUUGUGUUCGAAGAACUAUGAGUCUGAAUUCCCCAGUGGUGGCUCGCAAAACCAGUUCGAUUCUCCUUUCACCUAAGAAGGUUGUGCCUCCUACACGUACGUCGCAAAUUCGUUCAGGCGUCAUAAAGCAAUCUUCUAAAGCUCAAGAAGUAGUAAAAGGGAUAAAGUCGAAAAUUAGAAAUGAUGCUAAAGAUGAUGCUUCCAAAGAGAUAUGCCGAUCAAUCUUAUCAGAGAAAUUGUUGCAACUACUUCCAUAUCGACCUGCUUUGCGCUCCACUUGGAGGGGACGCAUUGUGGAUUCUGCUACACCAUCAGAGUUUAGUGGCGAGUUUUGGGCUCAGCCGGCUUCUGAAAUCCGUUGGAAAGCUUACAAAGUUUCAAAGAGGAUUCCCGUCUUACUCACGGUCGAAUUGGUUCCUAUAGGCAGUCUCUUGAAUGAUUUGUUUGUGAACAGAAGCCCAGCGCUUUCGGAUGUUGAGAUGUACAUUUUCCCAGGGGACAAGACUACGAAAAGGUAUAAGGAGGAACAUCCUUAUCUCUUUGAGGUCAUGAAGAGUAGCAAUGCCAUGAUCAGAAUUAACAUCAAGGACACACCACUGUUGAUGUUCUCUUCAAAACUACUGGACAAGUCCUCCCAAAAUAUCAUCAAGAUACAGAAGGAAACAAACAACUUCCUCUGGGGCAUUUUUCUCCUGACGAAGAAGUCAUUAGCACUUGUCCCAGGAAUUUCUUCUCAAGCUGCUAAACAUUCUGAUGAUGGAGUUGUGGUUGACAAUGACACUAAACCUCGAUUCAUACACAGAAACCAUGGAAAUUCUGGGAAGCAAUUGCAGAGACACCACAGGGAGAGGGAUUGA